AUGGGCCCUGACAACAUGCCCGUCCGCGCGAUCUACGGAAUGCUGGCGGGGCCGAGGCAAAUUGUUGGCCGCGCAGAUCAAACAGUUAUGCUGAUGACCCUCAGGCAUCGCCCGUGGCUGUCCCACAUCGUCUCGGACCUGGAGUCGCUGGUCAACGAGGGCAAUGCGUGGGACGACAGCCUGGCCAGCUCUUCAAACGAGUACGCUGACAUCUGGCGCGCGACCUUCGCUGCAGCAAGGCCCUGUCCACCAGGCUUCUCGCGGUGCCCUGCCCAUCGUGAUAUCCAGCAUGUCUUGGACGACCAGGUCGCCGCCGACUUCUACGGCAAUGCGUUGGCCGAUUUCUUUGCAAACAUCGGGGCUCGUGAACACGUACUUCCAAGAGCUGUGCAUGACGCGUUCGCUGCCAGUCUCUCGGAUGCUCGCCUCGAGGGUAAAUGA